AUGCUCAUGUCUAGGAAGCAGUUCAAGAUUCUAAACACAAAGCUUAAUUCUUUGUUACAACUUCUAUUAGAUGCUAGAAAUUGUCAUAGUGUACAAGGGAUUGAAGUCAAUGUUAUGCUCAAAGCCCAAGAACUACGUCUGAAAGCAUUGAUAGAACAUAUAGACUUAAAGACUGAGAAACUCAAACGAGCACAUGAGGAUGUCAAUUUCAAGAUUGUAGAAAUUCAUUUAGAAAUAGAGCAGGAGGUUGUUAAUCUUGGUUAUAAUUGCUCAACUCUUAAUACGAAAGUUGAUAUUAUUGUUGCUGUUGUUGCGAAAGUGGUUGAGCUUCAAAAUUCUCUUUUAAAAAAGCUUGAAGCAAAGUCGUCGUCUGAUUCUUUGAACUUUGCCAAACUGGAGGAGUUGUUGAGAAGCUUGAAAGACUUAAUUUGGAAGCUUGGUUAUUCUCCACAAUCUUCGGGUUCUCCCAAUUUAUUUUCUCAGAAGCUUUCGUCCCUCGAGUAUAAUCUCAAAUAUGAGUUAGCUCCGGUUAUGAAACUUAUUCAUUUGAUUUCAAUUGAUGCCCUGCCUGUUCACAUCGGGGUUCAAGGGGGAGAGAAUGGUGUUGGUACUAGUGUUUCGAAAGGUGUUGACAUUGGUUCUUAG